AUGCGGGUUUUAAUUGAGAUUCUCAUUUUUGCUGUUGCAAUUAUUUCGACUACAAAUGCGGCAGAAGGCGGAUCGUCGAUCUCUGGAAUUUGGGUUACUUGCCAUGAUAAGAUGGAUGUAUGUGUCGACAAGUGCGAAUCUUGGUUCCGACAAUGUUACGUAGCUGAUCAUUGCAACGAAGGAUCGCAUCAGCAAGCCGCUUGUGCACCAAAUGUUGCCUCAAUGGUGCUGCUAACAUUCCUAUGUAUUGCGUCGCUGGUUUCGUGCUGUUGUAUCCUAUGCUUCUGCGCGCCGUGUUGCAUCUGUUACCAGGCGCUGAAGAAGAGGAAGAACAGGAAUAGGCAAAAUGCCAAGGAUGCCGAGUUGAUUCAUACUACCAAGGUUUAUGAACCUGAAUUCAUUCAACUCGACCACGAACCCUACAAAUUCGGCCACCGCACCCGAGUUCUGAGC